AUGCUGCACAAUCAUAGCUAUCUAUUGCAUUAUAUAUCAGUCUGUUUGUGCACUAUUGCAAUGCCAAAUAUUCUCUUCCUUCUCUGUGAUUGUAUGGUCUCUCUUUAGUUCAUAACUGCUCUAGGGAAUCCAAUCUUAUCAAACUGAAAUUCUGACAGAGAAAGGAAAAAUGGAGUGUCAGCCACCAGAAAAAGCAAAACCAAAAUACAGAAAGGGCUUAUGGUCACCAGAAGAAGAUAAUAAGCUCAGAAACCAUAUCCUUAAGUAUGGUCAUGGCUGCUGGAGUUCUGUCCCCAUUAAAGCCGGCUUGCAAAGAAAUGGGAAGAGCUGCAGACUAAGGUGGAUUAACUAUCUGAGGCCAGGAUUGAAGAGAGGGGUGUUCAGCAAACAUGAGGAAGAUACAAUCUUGGCCCUUCACCACAUGCUAGGCAACAAGUGGUCUCAGAUAGCACAGCAUUUGCCAGGAAGGACUGAUAAUGAGAUAAAAAAUUACUGGCAUUCAUAUUUGAAAAAGAAACUGAUCAAAGCUAAGGAAAUGGAAUGUGACAAACAAAAUCAGUAUGCUAGCUCAAGUUCAGAUACAAUGGACAACUCUCUCUCUCCCCAGAAACUUGCAACACAAGAUCCAAGUUAUGCGUUGUUAGAAAACAUGGACAAAUCAAUAGAACACUCAGAUAACUUUUUCUCACAAAGCUACAACUUUUCCAAGGAGGCUUGUCAGAGCUCCCUACCAAAGCUGUUAUUUUCUGAGUGGCUUUCAAUGGAUAAUGUAAAUGGUGGAAGUGGAAGCUCAGUGAAUUCUGAUGAUUCCUUGGUCUUGGGGAAUGAAUUUGAUCAAAAUUCAACUUUCCAAGAUGCUGUAAUGCAUAUGUUAGAAGAGAACUUUGUUGAAGAGUAUCAUAAUACUCUAAUUCACAGUUCAACAACCACUGAGGUGUACAAUUCCGAUAUUAAGUCUUCAAAUCAAGAGGAUGGAAGUGAUUUCAUCCAUUGUAUUCCGGGGGCUGAUUUAUGUAGCAAUUUCAGCCUAACCAAUGGUGCAAUGUAAGCACCAGGAAGGAGUUAACAAGGGUGCUAAAAAAGAAAGAAUAAUUUGUAAUUAAGCAUACAGAAAACAAAACAUAAAUUUUAGCAAUGUAAAGUUAUACUUCAGAUUGUUUGAAUUUUACUCCUAUUAUUAACUCAAAUAAAUUCAUGAGUAAAAUAAAAAAUAAGUGUAUUUUAUUGUUAUUCUUCCACAUGUAUAUUUGCUUUCAAAAUAAUGAGUGAACUUC